CCGCCUGGUCGCUGGCCGCCACGAUGAGCAGGCGAGAAUCACGCAACUCGGCCGCGUCCAGGCAGAACGAUGCGCUGCUCGAGUUCGAGAACUUCAAGAAGAAAUUCCUGCUUGCGAACAAGCAUAUUACCAAACUGAACACGACGCUGAGUUGCAAAGUCGAAGAACUCCAGGCGCAAAUCUCGCAGCUCUACGUCGAGAACCUCAGUCUCCGCGCCUCCAGCAUUGCCCUGGAAGCGCAGCUCAGGCGCGAGAAGGAGAAAACGAGGAAGAUCAUGGCAGACGCCGACGACGCGGUUAAGAACCUUAUGCGACAUUUUACCUCCAUUCGCGAUGCACACAAAAUCCCAGAGGGCAGGCCAUCACCCGACAAGCCCGCACCCGCCCCGCGCAUGCCCCGCCCCACGCCCCAGCCGACGUUCCAGAUGCCGCGGCUCUCUCGCGCGCCCGACAUCCCCGGAAUCAAUGAAGCCGAAGAAGAAGAAGACGAUGACAACGACGCAGACGACACGGAGGGCAGCGGAUCGACGCCGACGCGGCGCAAGAGAGGCUCGUCUGCCAGACGCGCAUCGGGGUCGAAGCUGCCCCUGCCUGCCACCAGACAGGUUGAUUUGAACGAGGAGGCGACGAAGACGAAGAAGAAGCGGAUCGCGCGGCGACAGAGCGGACUUCUUAGCCUCACGCCGGCUCCUCUUGAUAUUGAGGAAAUGAUGCUGUCUCCGCCGCGCCCACCGAGCCCGGCGUUCGGGUCGCCCAUUCGCCGUGAGGCGGGACUCGCGGAGGAGGAAGAGGAGCGCGCAGCGUUGAGCGGUGAGAUUGAAGUGGACGAGCCGGAAGCAGACGAGGUGGCAGAGAUGCUGGAGAACGAGGCGAGGAGGGAGAGGGAACGGAAGGAGAGGAAACGCGCGAGGGAGCGUGAGGGGUCAGGGUCGACGACGACCGAGAGGGGGAGGGAGCGCGAGAGGAAGAGGGCGGCGAGGGAGGAUGCGGAGGAGGAUGGAGAGGGCAGUGGGGGUGGCAAGUUGAAGCUGAAGGACGUUACGAAUUCGCCAAGAGGGCGUGUGGCGCUCCCUCUGCUUGAUACCAAUCCGUCGGAUCGCGAGAGACCCGACCCUGAGAUACCCAGCUCCGCGACAUCCGCGGGGACCACCUCCACCUUCGCGACACGUAACUUCCUAUCAACACCUGCAACAACCCCAGCACCAACGCACACGCCGCAGAUUCGCGCUUCCUCUCACCUUCCGACGCCGCGGCCGUCGUCCAGCCCGCCAGCUGAAGAACCGGCUCCACAACCGCAAGAUGCAGAUGCGAUGGUGACUGGACGGGAGAGGCGGGUGCGGAAGAGUGUUAAUUACGCCGAACCGAAGCUUAACACGAAAAUGCGGAAACCGGACCCUCCACCCGGUUCUUCGACCUCUAAGCGCACCUCGACGUCCUCCGAGCGGCGCUCAUCCGCCGCCUCCGUUCCCGAUGAUGCGCCCCGCCCGCCAUCGUCAUCCUCCUCUAGCACCGGCACCGCGAGCAGGCGGAAGAAACCGCGGAUGGUGCUGGAUGAAGGGGAGGACGAGGACGAGGGCGCGCAGGCGGACGCAGAGUUCGUCGCAGGGGUGCAUAUGCAGUGGGUGAACACCCAGGGAAGGCGGAAGAGCGUGCAUACGAAUAGCGCGAGGGGGCGGGUGGAGAACGAUGAUGGGCGGAGGCAUAGUAUGGCAGUGUAAGGGUGGGAUGAGGAGAACGGGGAGGGGGAGGUUUUUGUUUGUUAUGGUUCAAACUUACUGAAUAAUUGCAAGGAACAGCAGAGAUGGCCGCUAUUGUAUAGCAGUAUGUAUGUUCGGAUAAUUAUUGGUCGUCUAUGAUUAUCUACCUAUGAUGAUUACUUUAUGUAACUUUGUUUCUUUGGUUAGGCUGGCAUCUAUGGUGUGCUGAG